AUGCCAUUUGUAAAAUUUAGGAAUAAACGUGCUCGUCGCGAUGAUGAUGAUGUUGAUUUGGAAUAUGCACAAGCAAAGGGGCAAAGUCGACCAUCAUCGAGAACUGAAUCAAAAUGUACUAAAAAUGCAGAUAGUCAAAGUUCAACACCUGUUGAUCUUUGCAGUGCCAUUCCUGGUAUUCAAUCAGAGGCAAGCAGCGAAGAAACAUCGAACUCAUCAACUCCUGCUCCACAUGAAAGCACAUAUAAUAUUGCGACCACGAGCCAUGAAUUGGACAAUAGUGCAGCACGAUCGUCACAUCCCUUAUCGUCAGCUGCACUAUCUUCAGCUGGUGCAGAAAAUGUCAGGGAUGUAAUGACCAAGAAAACCUGCCGAUUACAGUAUACUCCACGAGCACGAAGAAUGAAAUAUGGAGAUGAUUUGUUAUCCAAUGCCGAUAAAGAAGAAAUAGCACACAGAGAUUUAUCAAGAGAUACCAACAGACAGGCCACUAGUGGCAGCGCAAAUGUGGCAUCAGCCGAUAGGCGCCCCGCGUCGCAUUCUCGUCGUAAGCAAGAUCUCUCAGCAAUUAGUGAAAAUAAUGAUGAAAUCAUGAUUUUACGCUAUUCAAAUAGUGAAACAUCUUUCCCAAAUGAUCUCACUGAAAUUCCUCUCUACCUUACUGAAAAAGAACGUGAUCUACUUUUCUCACUUAUCCAUCCUGCUUCGUCUUCAAAUGAUGGUGGAUCAAGUGCCCAUAAACGCAUGCAGUGUGGAGACAUUAUUGCAAAUAUAUCGGAACGCGAAGCAAGCACUAAAUACGUUUCACAUGCGCGAUAA